AUGCACUCCAUAUCCGACUUGACGACAUUUUGUCGCAAGACGACUGGUGACGUCCCUCCCAAACUUGUGGGCGCGUCUACCACAGUCGUAGGAUCGAAGAUGUAUCUCUUCGGUGGGCGCCUAGUUACAGAACGUCGUAUGGUCUCGGAUCUAUACGUGUUCGACUUGGAGACCUUCGUUUGGGAGAAGAUCACACCAUCUACAGAUGAUGAUAUACCGGCAGCACGAUAUUUCCAUAGCACAGAGACCUGGAACAAUCAACUGAUUGUUUUCGGUGGUAUGGGCAGCACCCCGAACUCUAGUAAUCCAGAAGAUCUUUGUGUCCUCAAUGACGUCCGUUUCUUCGACUUGUCAAUAAUGCACUGGCUUCCCGCAACAGCUACUAACAGUCACCCUGCCUCUGCGGAGUCUGGCGCAGAGACAUUGGUUCCAAAGCCCCGAUAUGCACAUCUAUCAUCUGUCUCAGCUGAUCGUCUUUUCGUCAUCGGAGGCCAAGACCUAUCGAAUGUUUGGCUAGAUGACAUCUAUGUGUACGAUUUAUUGGGUAGAGCUUGGGUUCAGCGCCGAAGCUUUCCCCACCAUUGUGGUACCUAUCGUAGCGUAGCGGUCUCAGCAAACCAACGUGUCCGAAUACCCCAGGAGGAAGUCCACUCGACGGAUACGACCACCAUCUUAGGUUCCCCUGGGGCACGAUUCCGGCCCGAAAAGUCCCCUGCUUCAGCUCAAGCAUUCACUUCGUCCGAUUCUUUGGUUCACAUGCCGUAUUCAGCCCCUCCAACUGACAACUUUCCGAAUGACAUCUACCUGUAUAGCAAUUACAACUUCACAGAUGUCAAGCGCGAAUUCGAGGUCUUUUCUCCAUUGCCAGAUACGGAUUUUACAAUCACAGAUCGUUCCACAGAGAUGACGGGCACGUCAUUCCCACCAGGACUCCGUUUUCCUUCAGGUGCUAUCCUGGGCACGCACUUCAUCAUUGCUGGCACGUACCUGGCGCAUACAUAUCAAUCUUAUUCUAUUUGGGCGUUAGACAUGUUGACCAUGACUUGGUCACGUAUUGACUCCGGGAGCGCCAUGGCGACUGGCUCCUGGUUUCGUGCCUGUUUGUGGGCAGAGGCGAACAAGUUGAUGAUCUUCGGAAACCGAAAUGGCAACCUCAUCGAAGAUUAUAAUCGCCGGCUUCUCAGUUGGGAUCACGUUGCUGUGAUAGAUCUGGAGUCGUUUGGAAUCUAUCAACCUCCACCUCUGCAAAUCGAUAUACCAAUGCAGGAGUUUGGAUUAUCAGCCUUAGAAGAGGGUGUUCUUGCUGAUUUUGAAAUCAUCUGUGACGACGGGCGCAAAGUCAAAUGUUCGAGGAAGACUCUUGAGGAUCGUUGGCCAUGGUUCAAAGAUCAAAGGAUCAAAUUCUUGGCGCGGGCCCGACAGGCAAUAGAGAUCUUGCCAUCAUCUCCCAUGGACGUCGGACUCCCGGACCUCCCUGGCGCACCAGGGUCCUCGGAAGCCCGUCCAGACCCACGUCUCACGCCACGUGCCUUCAACUUAUCCGAGCCUUAUCCGAUUACACUCGCGUUAUUGCAGUAUUUCUAUUCAUUGGCGCUCAUCACUCCCCUUCAACAUGCUCCUGCGGUGUUGAGUCAAUUGUUGAUCCUCUCGAGUACUUACCAAAUCCACCACCUCGAAUCCCUUGUAAAACAUGCAAUGCAUCGGGCUCUUUCGAAUUCAACUUCUGUCGGUGUGUACGAAGUCGCAACACUGUGUAGCUGUCGGAGUCUUCAAAUUAGGGCACUCAAGACAGUUAUGUCUUACAGCCAGAAGAGGACUGGUCGUUCCCGCGCUGACAGUAAAAGCGGAGGUGGUGGUCGUAACCCUGACCCCAGUGACAGCGAUAACCCUGGUCGUUCCAGCGACACUGUCCCAACACCAAGUCGCAGCCGCAGCGGCGGUGUUUCGGACGUAAAGUUAUCUAGCUCUCUCGAUCAGCAGAGCAGUGCAGGCUCGACGAUGACAGGCUUCACAGCUAAUCUCACUUUUCCCACUCGUAAUGGAUCACCACGUCAGAGUUCCGCUGCCACCGCAACCGCGACAGUUUCUCAAGUAACACAAGCCUCACAUAAGAACAACUCUUCUGAGUGUACAUUAAUACCUCGACGGAGACGAUCCAUGGCACACAACAGAAAGCUCAGCAUUAUUUCGGCCCACACGGAUUUUGAGAUACGCGCUGUAGCCGACCUCCUAUCGCCUGCAGUAUCGCAUACACGGAGCUACGCUGAAGAGCAAGAGCGCGUUGGUGUUACAAUAGAUGAUAACGAUGACUUCCUUGAUCCCAGCAAUGGUGUACAUACUACCGGAAAGGCUCCUCGCAUGCCAUAUCUGCUUCUAGAACAUGAGGAACCUCUUUCGCCUUCCUUCGGAUCCCAUCACAUGACUAGCCCAACCACUUAUUCAGAGUCAGAUUGUGAUGUCUCAGAUGAUUACUCUGGCUCUUACAAUCCCCCACACUCCGCUUUCCACCUUCCACGCCGCUCAAAGACGCGAUCACGCGCUAGCAACGGGCACAUAAGCGCUAGCGACAGCGAUACGCCCUCCUUGUCGUCUUCAACGACGUCUUUCAGCUCGAAUGGCAGUAUCUCGCAAUUAUACUCAGCAUCACCUCCUACCAGCCCUGCCACCCUCAAGACUCCCAUUGAUCAUCCAGCUGUUGCUAACCAGCAGCUUACCAUCAUCGAGGAGCGAACAGCUGAAGGCCAGGACAUAACUGGUCGUCGCUAUUCCGACUCCGGCAGCAUCGUCUUUUCACCUGAUUAUACAACACCGUCACUACGGAAGCCGCAUGUCACGCGAACUCCUGACACGCGACCGAAAGGUCGGGUGUUCAAUGUAGAACACCUGAGACUCAAUGUUCAACCCCCACUCACCGGCCAAUUUCCAUCCAUAUCACCUGCACCUUCUUCGACCUUUGAUAUUAGCUCACCCAUGAGCAGCACCUUUUCCCCGACAAGUGCCUAUACAUCGAUGUCGAUGACCAGCCCUUACCCCAUGAAGUCAUCUCUGAAUCGUUUCAUUACCCCGGGCCCGAGCGGUGGCAGGGCUCCGAGUGUGCUUGAAAGCGCGUGGUCAGUGUCUCCAACUGCAAGCGUCGUAACAUCCAAAACUGCUCGCAAGGAAGACAGCAAAGCAGAGAAGGCGCGGAAAACGGAGGAAAAGAAGCGAAAGAAGGCAGAGGCUAAGGCUGAGGCCAAGGCUAAAGUGGAGAGAUUGGCGGAAGAGUUGAAGCAGCGCCAACGGCGCAAAGUUUCCACCCUGGAUAGACAGUCACUGCACUCCCAUCGGUCAUUUGGCCGUGGUGCACGGCGGCCGUGGGAGGGUGACAUUGCUAUGUAUGAAGGUUUGGGCGCCCUUUGA